AGGGCUGUGAUUUUGCUGGGAUACAACCCGCAGGUUGGUGAGGGAUGUGGCUGUAGUUGUAAUGGUUGAGGACAAGGCAAUGCUGGGCAGUAACAGAUCAAAUCUAGAAGUGGUGUGACAAGAUCACAUAGUGAGCAUUAGGUUAACAAUAGGUAAAGAAGUACAAGAAAAAGAGGAAUAAGCCUGAAAGAUUUGAAAGGAUGCCGCGGUCUUUCCUUGUGAAGAAGAAGCGUGUGGCUUGUGGAGCAUGGCAAUGGAAAGAACCAAAACAGCAUGAGUGGAAAGAAGGUAACAUUCUAGUAAGUGAAACUACUAAGGAGCAGGAAUCCUACAGUUCUGAUACCCAACAGCCUACCACUGUUCCUCUUCCAGUAACCACCUCAGGGUGUGGGUCAGCAGCAGGAAUUAUAGUUCCAGUACCUUGGCAAGUGUCAGGACAACCACCAGUUGACACCAGGCCAGACUGGUCCACACUAAUGCUCCGGGGCUCCCUUUACCAUCACAGUGCACUGGCCCUGGUCAGCAGAGCGAAGCCCCGUCCCCGCUCUUCCUCCAUCUCAGGUGACUUUGUGUGCUCAGUGUGUCACAAGAUCUUCCCCCUGCAGCGCAUGUUGACCCGUCACCUCAAGUGUCACAGCCUGGUAAAAAGACAUCCUUGUAGAUUCUGUGGCAAAGGUUUCAAUGAUACCUUCGAUCUCAAAAGGCAUAUGCGAACACAUACAGGUAUCCGUCCUUACAAGUGUGAGCUGUGUGAGAAAGCCUUUACACAGCGCUGCUCUCUAGAGUCCCACAUGAGGAAGAUUCAUGGCGUUCACCAGCAGUAUGCCUACCGCCAGAGACGCUCCAAGAUUUUUGUUUGUGAGGAUUGUGGUUACACCUCAAGCCGCCCUGAUGAGUACUUUCUUCAUGUGAGACAGUGCCACCCCAGCAGUCCUGCCCUCCGCAGGUACUACCGCCGUCAGGCCCAUGAGAGUGGCAGCUUUGCAUCUGCCAACCAUAAACUCAGCCCCUAUUUGCUGUACUCAACCCCUUCAUACUACAUGAAGGAAUCAUUGUAAUUCUUUACUGCAUUAUAUUGUGGCUGUUAAACAAGGCAUUUGGAAAGGAGAAUAAUGUUAGUUUCAAUAAAUCAUUUAACUGUGUAGCAUUUUAGACCAUCUAUAUUGUUGUGAUCAUACCCUUUCUGUGUUUAUUCAUUCCUUUCUGUUUUAAUAAGAAUUUUAAAUCAACACUUUAAAAUAGAAAUGAAGGGACAAAAAUGAUUCUUCAUUAAAUCCAGUUAGCGUAGUAGAGUAGAUGACUGAAGAUGACGAUUGAAAUGGAGGUUAGAAGGCAGAAGCCUGAAGUAUUGUCUUUGACAAAAAAACAAGCAACCUGACUCACCUACAUACUCAUUUACCUGCAGGUGUAGACAACAACAAAGCAUCCUUUGAAUUCGCUGUCAAGCUGCCCCAGUUUGACACAAUAUGUUGUCAAUAAACAAAUCCUUAAUUAAACAAAAACACAGUCUGUUCAUUUUCAUUGUUUGUAUUAGGCUAAAAUGGAAAACAAUCCAACUCACUUUUCAAGAUUUUCCUCUGAUGGUUGUGUGUAGAAAAAACAAAAAUUCAGUUGACGAUCAGCUGACAACAAUCUUGAUUUUUCAGCUGCUUUUUUGCCAGAAUUAUUUAAAAUAUUGCAUUUUACUUGCUAUUCAUUGUCUUUCUGCCAGUGCAACAAUAAAUAACUUGAUUGAAGUCAAACUUGAUCCUAUGAUUGCUAUAUUGUGCUCUAAUUUACUGUACAGUCACAGUAACAUUCAGUAGUGUACCUGUAAUUGCAUCUGUGCUGGUUCUUGCUCCCUCCUUAUGAUUGCUGGUGUUGCUGUUAAAUAUUAUAGGCCUUAUACGCUACAAUGACCAAAAGAAAGGAACACAGUAGAGAUAUUUUGUGCAUAAUUCUGUCCUUAGUUCAUUUAGCAAGUUUAUAGCACAAUGUAUGUAAGAAUGACAAACCAGUU